UGUUGAUUACCGCUAAGUGGAAGAACAGUGCAGGUUAAGACUGGUUCUGUAAAAUUUGAGUCGCAUCGAAUUAUUGAGAAAAAUUGGAAUUCCCGCAAGGUAUCGUGAAGUGAAGGUAUCCGACCUUGGAUGUUUUGUUGCAUUUAACACGAAAUAAUGGCGACGGGGUUGACACAAUAACCAACAUCCUGCCGCAGGGAAUCUAAAAAGCUUGAAUUUUUAGGGUGUUUUUGUGAGCAGUCAAAUCAACAGAAAGGCAAUAGAAAAGAAUAAGGCUAGAAAAAGGGUAAUUGCCAGAAUUAAAACUGAAAAACAAAAAAAGGUAAGGAAGAUUAAAGUAGAACAUAGCUCAAUUAGAGGUGAGCUUCACGGUAAAGAAAAAAACAGCAGCAGAACGAUCGAGAUGGAUCUCCUUACCCAAACAAACGUUUCUCUUGCUUAUAACGCCACAAUGAGGUUUACUCCAACGUACCAAGGCCAAGGAAUCCCGACGGCACAGAGAAUUGCCUUUACGUGCGCUUACACCUUGAUCAUCUGCCUGUCUUUAUUUGGCAAUACGAUGCUAGUGGCGAUCAUUUACAAGUUCCCUCGUAUGCGAACAAGGACGAACUACCUGCUCAUGAAUGCUGCCAUCUCGGAUAUCGCAGGGGUGGUGAUUCUAGGUAGGACUAUCUACGUGUUCGCCAUGGACGAUAAAUCGUUCGACAUCCCUGGCUGGCUUGGGGAAGCGCUGUGCAAGAUCUUCCCAUUCUUGAGAGACACCUCCAUAAUGGUCUCAGUACACAGCAUGGUGUCGAUCACAUGUGACCGAUUCUACGCCGUGGUCUUCCCGACAAUGCAGACCCCGAGUCUUCUCCGAGUAAAGUUCGUAGUCCCGUUCAUCUGGGUAACCUCCAUAGCCUACUUUAGCCCAUACUUCUUCGUAUACCGCAUAAGGGUCAUAUAUAAUGCUAGGUUCUGCUUAAGCGUGUGGGACGCACCCUUCGACCCUUUACAAUCACCCAAGAAAUUCCAACUUACGCUGAUUGUAACAAUGUUUAUGAUUCCGCUGUCUGUAAUUGUCGUUCUGUACACGGCCAUUGCUAUCUCCCUGCGUCGUCAAAAGAUUCCUGGGGUAGCGCAAGAGGAGAGCAUAGCAAGACGCCGAAAGCGCAACAAGAAAGUAUGCAUCAUGGCAGCAGUAAUAGUCCUAGGAUUUUUCAUCUGCUGGGUUCCUUAUCAUGCCCUAACACUCUAUAUUUCCUACGUGUGGAAAAACAAACCACCGCGUCAUGUUCUCUCAUAUCUACCGGUGAUGUACGAUAUAUUCGUAACCAUGUCUUUCAUGAGUUUCGUUAUCAACCCGUAUAUUUGUUUUAUGUUUAGCGAAAACUUUCGAAAAUGCUUGAGGCAGAUAUUCUGCAGGAAUCGUAUCGGCCCAAUAACAAUUUCGACACAAGCGACACGAUCGUUGCAAAAUCGUGUGGCGGAAGCAUCUCUCUAGAUCGUCAAAAACGUGUGUGGAUCUACUAGUACUAGGGGGAUGCACAGUGAGUGAGUAUAGCGGAGCGAGAGGUAUAUAUUCAUCCUAUAAGGCUGUUACUAGAGGUUAUAUUAGAUUUCUGCUCCU